AGAAGGAGAGGACUGUGAGAGUUCAUGUAAAUUGGUAAAAUAAGGUAGGACGAGAAGCCAGAUUUUCACUUUUUUCACAAACUUUCAGCAACAUCUGGAAGGAAAAGUGGACGAUCACGACCAUUUUACCCCUGGUCAGUUUCUGCUUGCUAGCGCCGGUUGAUGUAAGCAGAGCAGGAGCCACCUGUGACGGGUGAAAGAAGAACUAUCUUCAAGAACUGCGUCUUCGCUGUUCCAGACCAAGACGACUUACCACGGUAACAUAUCCCUUGUAGUUCUUCUCAAAACCCGCCGACGAGAUGGCAAAGCAAGGAACGGCGCACAUGAGCGCCGCUGUUGGCGAUAUAGCGGAAGUCUGCCUCGUUCCUGGCGAUCCUCUGCGUGCAAAAUAUGUGGCGGACAAUUUCCUAGAAAACGCGAAACAGGUCACUUCAGUGCGAAACAUGCUCGGCUUCACCGGAACGUAUAACGGUGUUCCUGUUUCUGUUAAGGCUUGUUCUUGUUCGUCUACUUCGUUCCACAAAGUAUAGAUGGAUCUUAGUCCUCAGCAGACAUGUUUUUCAACGGGGAAACAGAGAGGUCAUCAACAAAGAUGUUGCGCUUCUUGCAGGAGGAGGAACCUACUCACUUAGGAAGGUGUAUUCAAGUCUAAUUCUGUGAUUGCGAGCGGCAUGGGUGCAGCCGGUGCCUCGAUCUACUUCUCGGAGUUGAUCGACUACUACAAGGUCAAGAAAUUAAUCCGAAUAGGCUCUUGUGGGACUAUGAACAUACCAAAGGUGAAAAUGGGGGAUCUCAUCAUCGCGAUGACGGCAGGAACGGAUUCAAAGUACCUGAUCUAGAAGAAGCUGAAGAUGUAUGUCGAUUUCAUAAUCAAUUGAGGUUUUUAUCCUUCUGGUUGCGGCAGCAUAUGCUUUCUUGGUGAAGACUGGAAUCGCUACACUGCACCAGAGGUGGUAAAAGAAGCCAUCUGUACUCUAAUAUGCAGUUCAUCUUAAUAUUCUUCAGUACUAGUCAGUAGCUGAUUUUUGCCCGCACUACUAUAAGUGUCCCACUCGUCUUCCUCCUUUCCAGCAUGCAGCGUAGCCGUUUGUUGAAUUACGACCAUGCUGUGUGUGCGGACUGGGGUCUGCUGGAGGCCUGUGUUAAGGCCUGUCGCGAGCACGUGGAUCCGAGCGGCGGAGAAACUGUGCACGUAGGGAAGCUGUUUACCAGCGACUUCUUCUACCAUCCUCUAGAAAAAACCCUGUUUCCUUUGCUGAAGACACACGAUUAUCUGGGCAUCGAGAUGGAGUGCAGCGCACUGUAUGCAGCCGCAGCCGAGCGCGGCGCAAAAGCACUCUGUCUUUGCACCGUCACAGAUGAAAUUUAUGAAAAUGAUUCUUCACGAGGACGAGGAUCGUUUCAAUCUUCUUUAAUUCCUGAACAUUUGUUUUCUAUUUCUGCAAGAACAUCAUGAUCCUCGUGAUUACAUGAUCCUCGUCUUCGCGCAUGAUUUUGAACAAGAUAUUGGAGUUAAGAAGUAGCAGAAAACUUCUACAGUUGAGAGCUCUAAGACCUCCAUCUGCCGGAAACACCCGACGGAAAGCUCAGUUUUAAGGGUCUUUCCGCAACCGACCGUGAACAGAAACUUCGAACGAUGUUGAGGGUCGGGUUAGAGACGGCAAUAAAGUCUUGAUGAAGAUUGAUACCGACGAAAUACAAAAGGACGAGCAACCUUUAUUGCUGCGGAAUUUUUUAACGUGUAGUUGACUGCGCACCAAAGGUAAAAAGCUUGUUGUAGAUACCGUUCAGCUCAUGAUUUCGAUAGACAAGAUAGGUUUGGGCGUUUGUUCUUUCCAUGCACGUCAUGAUCGCCGCGACUCUUGGCGGCACACAUGCGUUGCUUGAUGAAACAAGAUGGGUUGUUGCUAUCUAGUAUAAUCUACCUGUCGUUUCAGAAUACGAAAGAAGUAGAAGAAGUCUAAGAAAUUAUAUUUAGAUUUACAUAGAGUACGUCUACGUACUACAUCUACUUCAUGAUGACCAGUAGAAGAUUGAAAUUGAUAGACACCGCACGAUAUUUUUCCGAAAUCCAUCAAGCUACUAGGUUUUUCCAGAAUAUGAUAUAAAGAUAUGUUUUAUUAUUUUUCUUCGGUGUCGAUGUGGUCGAAGCGAUGGACACACAAGGAGAUGAAGGUUGGUUGUUGUCAAGUAGCCAGUGGCCCGCACGUAAGUUAGAGGU